CCACCAAAUUCGAAAAAUAUGGCGGCGCUGUUGACAACAGUAACAGAGCAGUGGACGAGAGAAGCUACAUCUAAUUCACCUUUGCCUUGGUAGCUAUCUAGCGAAAGAUGGACAACGUUACCAUGGGUCUACAACUACCCAACUUUGAUUGCUGGCUACUAACAUUCAUGACCACUUUACAGCGGAUGUGAGAUCACUGAGCUCCCAGGCUCAUACAAGGAGAAAAAUCAGACAUCUGGGAAUCUCACUAAAGAACUUUGUCCGUUUGAAAACCCUGAACCUCUCCUGUAAUGCACUCAUCUCUGUCGAGGGGGUCCAACACUUGAAGAGGCUGGAGAGGCUGAACUUGUACUACAACAACAUCCCCUCCCUUCAGGAGGUCAAAGUGCUCUGCCAGCUGACUGCUCUGAGAGAGCUGGACCUGAGGCUCAACCCUCUGGCUAAAACAGAUCCACACUACCGCCUGUACUUGGUGCACGCACUGUCCAACCUUCGCACGCUUGAUGACUGUCCAGUCAGGGACCGUGAGAGAAGAGCUUCAAUCAUGCAUUUCUCCUCAGACUCUGUGAUCGGACCCCAACAGACGAGCUCCUCGGAGACAGACAUCCCUGACCAGAGCAGCAGUAAGCCGAGGAUGGCCUCAGUAAAUCGCCUGGUCAAGAAGCUCUCUGUCCUGGAUGACAACGAUGACCUAGUGUUGAACCUUGUUGCUAAGAGCAACUGGGACCAUAGUCAACCUCUGUUCCUUACUGGCUCUUUCCACAAGGAGCCAGAGUCCCAGCUCUAUCAUCAGAUCAAAGAGGAGUCUUGUCAUUCCCAGUCCAAUGGUCUACGUUUAAGAGAAGGAUCUCGAAGGAAAGGUUCUUCCUCCUCGUUGAAGGGGCCGAGGGUAACCUUUAACCCCCGUGUAGAGAAACACAGCAGGACUAGCUCUGGACGGGAGGAGCGAGAGAAACUCCCCAAACACCUGAGAGUCACAGCCAAGGGCCACUUCACCCCUCACCCUGAUCAAGUUGACCAGCAUAAGUCUUCCUUAGUGAAGAUCCGCCCCCCAAGUCCAAGAAGUCCCUGUCCCAGUAGGUCUGAUGCCACCAACCCCAUCCUGCACCCUCCCAGACUGUCCUACCAUAACACCCAGCAGACAGUCAGCCAAGACAGCACGGGGCCUCCACCCACCACAGACAUGCCAAGACACAGAAGGUGA